AUGAUGCAGUGCGGCACAGACCCGGCGGAAUCAUUCAAAACUAUGGCAGAGGAGUCGGAUGCAUCUAGACAAACUUUACGCUGUGAGGACACCGAGGACGCGUCCAUCGUCAGCAGCGGGGACAAUGGGAUAAAGAAGCGACUGAGGUUUUCUCCAGAUAAAGAUACGAACUCAACUCCUCAGGAGCCCGACACGACGAGUGGAGUCCCAACUUUACACCGUGUUCCCGAAGACUCCCUUUCAUACCGAGCGGCUACGGAAACAGCCGACCAGCAGGGACACGAAAGAGAAGGGAAAGACGUCUCCAGGUUAAAUUCAAAUGAGCCGAGUGUAAACAACACGGAGGAGAAGGAGAACAUCGCUGCAGAUAUUGCUCAGGAAGAAGAGGAAAACACGUCUGGUCAGAAAGGUUUGAAUGAUUCCAGUGUGACUGCCAGUAAACACAGUCACACAGAGGACAAUGAUGCUGAGGUGGCGAGAAGAGCUCGGGAGCAAGGCUAUGUGAGCGUGGUCUUUCCUGGCACUGUGACUCAGGAAGGCUGCUGCCGCUUUGUCAGCGAGAUCCUCAAGUGCAUUCUCUAUCAGAGACAGCAGCUACCCAUGACGUAUGACCAGCUGGUUUAUUCCCAGAAGAAGCAACAAGCCUCAAUGCAGGAUAAAGACACAGUGAUUCGCAGACCGGUGCAGACAGCAGACAUGGACUGGCGCAAGUGUCAGCAAACCCUUCAGGAUCUGGAGGAGUUGCUGCAGCAACUGGAGGUGCUUUUCUCCCUGAGCAGGGUGCCCCGCGUGCUGCUCCUAAUGGGGGGCUCCCUCAUCCUGCCCAAAGAGCUGUAUGAGAUCAACCUGGAGGGGCUGGUGUUGGCUGGUGGGGAUCAGUGUCUCCGGGUGUCCUCGUGCUUAAGGCAACUCUUCCGCACGCUUUUCGUGGCGGACCUUUUGUCUGACACCAGACCCGUUCGUUUAAUGCCCACCACAAUCUUAGUGCUCGCUCACAGGGAUUGCGGCGUAGGCUGGUUCCGCCCUAAACUACAAUUUAAAGUGCCAACUCGUGUAAGGAACCAGAUUAUUGCUCUUUCCACUGAUCCCAGCAAGGACACAAGGGCAGAGGGGUCAGACUGGCAGGAUUAUGUGUGGUUUCAGGCUCCAAUGAUGGUCAAGGGCUUCAGCAACUCAACCAAGUCGGGGAGCAAAUAGAUUAAAGCUCCCUUUCUUAUACCGUAUAUUACAUUUUAAUGGUGGUUAAAGCGAAUUUUGAAUUGAGCUGUACAUGUUUUAUUGAAUUAUGAGGUAAAUCUUUUCUCCAGGUGAUUAAAAGUCUGUUAGCUCAAACUACAGUGGGUGUAUUGACACAAACCUUUCUCUUACUGUCUUCUGAAAUAUUUAGAAAAUUUGUUCUCAAGAUGCUUUGUUGGCAUUUGAUAAAAU